AUGUUUGAUAAUAUUAGAUCAACCGAUGAACUUUAUGCCACAGAAAAUGAAAAAGAAUAUUUCGAUCGAAAACUUUAGGAGUAUUAAGAUAUGUAUUCUAUCAAAUAAGCUAUUACAAACUAUAGCAAAAUUAAAUUAUUUAAUAUAGAUUCAUAAUAAAAGCUCAAAUAUGAAUGCUAUUCUAAUUGUUAUGAUAAUAAUUAAAUUAUCUUUGAAAAUUAAGAAGAAGGAAUUAAAAAACUUAGUUUUUGUUUAAAAGAAUGCAAAAAACAAACAAAUGAUCUUAAAUAAUUCUUAAAAAAUGUUGACAAAUUAGUCUAUUUCAAAAAUUAAACAUGCCAUUCUAAUUGUGACUCAUUGAUUAAUUAUAAUAUUGACCAAUCUUACUAAGAAAAAAUAAGUGUAAGUCUUUAAUUGAUUUUUAGAAUAAAAUUAAUGUUUAUAGAUGUAGAUGGGUCUGUGAAAAUAAACUUGAUAGAAGAUAUAGAGAAUUUUGGCUCAAAUAAAGAAAUGAUAUUAUUCAUAGAUAUUCCAAUUAAUUGUGA